GGCCUUUAACGAUAAUCAGUUCAUCAGCUUAUCUUAUGAUAUUUCUUAUCCUUCUUUCAUCCUGGAGUUUUUAAACAGUGUCCACUUACUGUGCACUCCAUAAGACACUUUUAGUUAUCUCCUCAACUUUGUGGAUGGUCAUCUGCUUGUUCUUCAUUGUUCUUAUAGGCUGCUGUUGGUGGACAGUUCUCAGUCCAGGUGUUUAAAUACUCCAGCAGCACUGCUGUAUCUGAUCCACAUACACCACACCACCACCAUGCUGAUGUGACACUGCAGUGCUGCUCUGUGCUGGUCCUGUUAGGGUCCUGACAAUUAAAAAACUGGGUGACAGGAGGGUAAUAAAGUAUGCUGAGAAACAGAUGGACUAGAUUCUGCUUGGAUCAGUGUAUACAUAUCAGAGUCCCUAAAUGUUUUAAAGUAAUGAUAUUAUUUAAGGCAGUACUUAGUACCUAGUACUUCAUUUUUAAUAGGGUUUAACAGGCAUUGUUUGCAUUUAAUCAUAAAUGCAUCUAGAGACUUCAUAGACCCUGUGGUCCUCUAAUGGAGUCUACCAGCUUUACCCAACUGGAACAUCUCAAUCCAUGCUUCAGUAGCAGCUGCUGUAUCCUUGACAGUCUCCUGAAGACACACACGUACCAUGACAACUGGCAGUUUAUACUCAGCAGGUGAUUUGUAACAUCACAUAUUUGUAUUUGGUCGCUGGACGAUCAGUAGAGCGGACGUCUUAUUAGAAUCUGUGAAAAUGAAAGGUAAGUUUUAAGACACCCCAGAAUAAUAAAAAAAAGUAAAAACUAGGAAUGUUAUUGGUUGAUGGUUUUUGUGUUUUGCACAGUUUUUCUACAGGUUUGGGGGAUUUUUCUGCGUUUGGGGUUGGUCUGGUGUGACAGCUGUCUGUUCGCUGAUAUAGCUAGCUAUGUGUGCAAGGAGAUCCCAACAAGCUAUCCUCCUGGUCUGACCUCUCUGGUGCUCUGGGUGAGCAAUUUAAGAGAGAUUAACUCAGCUGUGUUUAACUACACUAACCUGGCCUCCGUUUCCAGUCUCUCAAUGAGAAACACUGGAAUCACCGCCAUUUCACCAGCAGCCUUCGACAAGUUCCAGAGCCUGAAGAUUCUGGAUUUAUACAAUAAUCACAUCUCCCAGGUUUCCUCAGCCUGGUUCACCCACAAACAGGUUCUAGAGCACCUGGAUCUGUCCAAUAACAGCAUUACAGUUCUGAACCAGGAAGCUUUUUAUGGCCUAUCAGGUCUUCUCAGAUUAAACCUGUCCUACAACCAGAUACAGAUAAGCACCACUGAUACUCUUCAUUCACUGAGGAAUCUGAGACUCCUGGACCUGUCCAACAAUAAACUCACUCAUCUGAGUGUGAACAGUCUUCCUCCAGUCAACAGCACCAAGAUGUGUUUGAGUGGAAACCCCUGGAACUGCUCUGACACUGAGUUUACAGGUUAUGUAAGAGACCUCCAGCGGGCGUCUCUGCUGGAGAAUGAGAUGGAGGUGGUCUGUAACAGUCCUGCAUGUCUGAGGGGAGUACCUGUAUGGAAUGUGUCCACAUGUAUAGAACCUGGCCCACCUGUAGAUCCUACAGUCGGAUACAACCUCACUCUUCCACCAACACCUCAAACUGAACCACAGAUGAACUGGUCUGUUGUUAUUAGCUUAAUCGUGGUGCUUUGUGCCCUGGUCCUUGUCAUCUGUGUUCUGUCAGUCCUGUACCAUAGAAAACGAGAGCGGAAGCACCUGCAGACCAUCCGGCCUUCUCCAGAGGAACUGGGACAUGGAAAGCAAACGAGAUUAGUUUGUAGAAGAGCACAAGAAAACUUUGAAUCUUCUAUUCCUGACCCGAAAAAGAAAAAAACGAAAUACCAAAAUCAAGUUUUACUAAAGCUGGACCGGACAGUGCUCGAGAAUGUGCCUGAGAAUGUGUCGCAGAUCUUUCAGAUUUAUGGCUCAAGACUGUAUCAAAGCAGGGAAACGAGUAACCGACCGAGAUCAGCAGGACCUGUGCUUUCCAGAACUGGUAACAUUGGUAAACAUCUACAGACUGAAGUGGAAGACCAAAAAGAUCCAGCAGAGAACAUUCAGAAGGGUGGAAAAUUGUUUAAACAUGGAUGGGUAAAGAUUGAGAAGGAACAGAGGGAGACUGAGAAAGUAGAGGAUGAAGAUAAUAUGCUGGAAACACGAGAAAAGUUCAGUGAGAACCAAGUUGAGGAAGGUGUAGAGGAGGAGGAACGUACUGUGACUGAUCAUAUCGUGAAGGAAGGCACAUUAAAAGACUUUACCUUGAGGGAAGGCACCUUGAUGGAAAGUACCUUGAAAGUUCCAGAAGUUCCACAGAGAGUAAUUUCAGACACAGUGGAAGAAGUUAACGAGAAUUUGACCUCCAGUUUUAGAAGACAUGAUGAACCCCCUCAGCCAGGCAAUGAUAAUGUCCUUCCUUUGGAAGAUUCCGAGACUCUACCUUACCUUACAAUUGGGACUAACGCAGAAAACCAAAACCCUAAGCCAGAGCCAAUUCCAACCAAAACGUCCCCCAAACUGUUGUCUUCAAAGCCAAUCAGAAGGGUACUAACCUGGCCUCCUACGGCAGUCCAGUGGAAAAAGCAGUGGACCCAAAAUCCACAAGUCCUCAAUGCCUUCCCCAAACUCAUUUACGUCGCUGGGUGCAAGCAUCAAAUUGGCACAUUCCCAUUCAGUACCUCCUUAGCUGCUCCUGAACAUGUCCCACAACUUCUUCAAUCCAGUAAUGUACCACAAGAUGGUAUCUCUGGUUCAUUGUUGGCACAAUGCAAGACAGUGGAACCGUUGAAGCAAAUCUGUGAAUCAACCAUUCGCUCCUACAUCGAGAACCUGCCCAACUUGACACAACAUUACGCUGAAGUCAUUGAAGAAGUGCAGUCUCGUAUUGUCAAUCAUAACCCUCUUACAAACUGUGAUGAUCCCUAUUCUCUGUAUGACUUGGUCCAGAACAGUCCACGAUGUGAAGAGUCAAAUUUGAAAUUUGAGAGAUUCAGGGAAUCUGUGAAUUCCAGAGAAGACUCUGAGAGCGUAAAAAGAAAUCAUAAGAGAAAAAAGGUAAAAGAAACUGCCAUGAGUCAACAGACGCUGUCCACAUCAGAGAAGCAUUCGAGAAGAAGAGACAACAAAGGAAAGAAACUAUUAAGAGAAGGACAGAAAGAUCAGAUUGGCUCUGACUCUAGGGCGCUUCCUUCUGGAGGCUCUCCUGGUGAUGACAACUUGCUAGUGGAUAAUGAAUAUGCCUUCAUAGAUCUUCUGCACGAGGUGGUGGAGAAUCAUGGCCGCUGGACACGAGAGCGAUGGAGGCAGAGUCACCUAAACAGACAAAAGCAGAAACAAACAGGGGUGGGUUUCCAAAAACGUUUGUGACACUAAAUAGUUAACUUCACUAGUUUCCCACUAUGAAGGUCCUUAGUUUGAGUCUGAGCUUAAAUGUAUAUAGUGAUUCGUUCAAGAGUUUAAACCAUUUGAUUAAUUUGAAACUAAUUAUUAAACUUGAUUGAAGCACAAGAGAUUGAUGAAAUCACUUUAAUUAUAUAUUUUUUUUCAGUAAAGUCAUAGUAGAAGUUCUCCCAUUUCUUCUUUUACUCUAUUUGUUGAACCUUUGUUGAACUUCUUUCCAACUUUUUUUUUUAAUUUCUCUUUUAGUCUAGCCAUUAAAAAAUAAGUUUUGAGAGGAGAAACAUGCCUGAAGCUCCUGUCCUUUCCUAUGUAACAUCCAAAAAAAACCCUGGAAUCCUCUUAAAUAUCAUGGCGAGUUUUCACAACUCUUCACCACCCCAUCUCGUUCCCUUUAACUCUGUUAUCUCUCCUUCCUGACUCUACUAUAGCAGAGGGGGGGGACUCACUUCCUAUUACUCUGAGCUCCAGGCCAAAGUAAUCCAACCCAGAGUUCUCUCCCCUGUCGUUUUUCUCCUAAUUAGCCAUAAGCUGACAGCAUGUUCUGAACUGUCAAAAUUUUGCCUUGAGAAAAAUUAAAUUUGCUCUGCAAGUAUUGCAUGCUUCUGAUUGAUUCUGACUGAUAUAUAAACAGUUGUGUACCAAGAAAUAAAAAAAAAACUUUACAAGUUUUUUUGUUUGUUUAUAUUAAAGUGACAGUCCAUAUUAUUUUGUUUCUAAACUGCAAGCAGAAUCAUUUCUUAGUGGAGACGUUUUUUACAGUUGCUUUUUCUUCUGGCCACGUCAUGUCUUUACGUACUUACGUCACAUGUACAGCCGGUAAAAGAGGAUCUGGCUCAGUUUUACUGAAUGCGAGCGGCUGGUGGAGCAGUGAAGACUUCAGAAGGGGAAACUCGGAUUCAUCCGCUCUGAAAGGAGACCGCAUCACACCCGCUCAGUUUAAAAUGAUUCUUCCGCAUGUUUGGUGCAAUUACCCAUUCUCACCAGAGUCGACCCUAAAUCCCAAUACUUACGGACAUCAGCUUUAAUUAUAUGCCAAGUGUUUUUGGCCAAUUGUUUUGUGGUAUAAAAAGAAGAAAAUGUACUUUAUUUGGUAGUUCAGUUUCAAAAUUUCUAUAUUAAAAUAUUUUUAAAAAUGUCUAUGUCUGUUUUGGAGGUGCUAAACUCUCGCCUAAGCAGGCUUUUGAUAAAUACUGGUAAAACAUUUGUUUUUGAACUUGUUCACUGAGGUUACAGGAAACACAUCUUUAAAAGCUCCUCAAGGCACUGUAUGAACUGUAUGUAAAGAAGCAUUGUCGGUACAUUUAACAACCUAUGAUACUAUGUAAACUAUUACACUAUGAGAUAUGCACUUGAUUUUACAAUUUUUUUUUGUGUAAGGAUAUGAAUAAAAAAUGAUCAAUC